UGUGUGUCAAUUUUCAUUCAACACUCAUCAGUCAGUCUCACAUGGUGAGUUAUUGGUGCUCGUUUGUUUUCGUCGUGUGAUAAAUUUUUGUUAAUGAAAUUGUAACUUUCACCGAAAAGUGAAAGUUAUUUUCUUCUAGCAAAAAUUAAUUUUUUAUUAAUUUAUGUGUAAAACACGUCCGUUUAUUUAAUUGUUAAUUAGUUUUAAAUAAAAUCAAAGUGAAAAUGUCUGUUUACAUAGUGUCAGCUGCCCGUACUCCUAUCGGCAUCUUAAACGGUUCAUUCUCAUCACUAUCGGCCGCCGAUCUGGGAUCGGUGGUGCUAAAAGAAGUGCUAGUCCGUGGUAAUGUCAGUCCCGAUGAUGUUAACGAAAUCAUAUUGGGACAAGCGUUAACCGCUUGUGCCGGACAGAAUCCUGGCCGACAAGCAGCAUGGAAAGCUGGAGUACCGAAACAUGUGCCUGCUUACGUAUUAAAUAUGCUCUGCGGGUCGGGAUUGAAAUCCGUAGCACUGGGAUAUCAGUCGAUUCGAUGCGGUGACAAUAGCAUUGUUAUUUGCGGUGGACAAGAAAGUAUGACCAAUGCACCGCAUGCAACACAUUUACGCGGAGGUAUAAAGUUCGGUGAUGCUACGCUAGUUGACACACUGCAACGGGACGGUCUGACCGAUGGCAUGUACAACAUUCUGAUGGGAGAAACAGCUGAAAAUAUUGCCAAACAAUAUAACAUCAGCCGCGAAGAGCAGGACAAAUUUGCGGCUCAUUCGCAGAAUUUAGCGGAAGUGGCUCAGAAGAACGGAUACUUCAAGGAGGAAAUUAUACCCGUUAUUGUUCGUGGACGGAAAGGAGAUGUUACUGUGGACACCGAUGAAUAUCCGAAGCACGGAACGACCGUCGACAGUUUAGCUAAAUUGAGGCCGUGCUUCAUCAAGAACGGUGGAACAGUAACAGCUGGCAAUGCUUCCGGCAUAAAUGAUUCGGCGGCAGCCGUUCUGUUAAUGUCCGAAGCUGAAGUUCAAAAACGCUCCAUCAAACCGUUGGCGAAAAUAAUUGCAUUCGCUCAAUCCGGCAUCGAACCGGAAAUAAUGGGAAUGGGACCAGUUUCGGCUGUUAACGAAGUGAUGAAAAAAACUGGCUGGACAAAUGACGAAGUUGAUCUGUUCGAAUUGAACGAAGCCUUCGGUGUUGUAGCCGUAGCAGUUAGUCAACAAUUGGGAAUCAGUCAGGACAAAAUUAACAUUCACGGUGGCGCUAUCGCAUUGGGACAUCCGUUGGGAGCGUCCGGCACGAGAAUAUUGGUAACAUUGAUCUACGCUCUUCGGCGAAUCGGCGGCAAACGAGGAGUGGCAGCAUUGUGCAUCGGAGGCGGAAUGGGUAUUGCAUUAGCCAUUGAACUAGUCUAACACCGUGUGGCCUUCAAACUUCAAACAGUGUACAUAACGACACGAAAUCAUCCUAACAAGUCGG